AUGCGAGAACUCGUGAGACACAGGGCUGAACUGGCGAAAGAAUUGAACAGCGAUGGUCUCAGGCCACGGGACAUAGCUUCAGUGAAUGGAAACGUGGAGAUAGUGAGAGAGCUUGUCAAGAAUGACGCUGAAAUGUGUCGGCUCAAAGGCAAAGAUAAAAGAACGGCUCUUCACCAUGCUGCUGUCCAUGGCAGAGUUGAAGUCAUAGACGUGUUGGUCUAUGUUUGCUCAGAGUCCAUCAAAGAUGUAACAGCAAAAGGGGAAACUGCACUUCACCUUGCGGUGAAAAGCGGCCAGUUUGAAGCAUUUCGUGCCUUAGUCGACUGGCUUCUAAGGUCGGGAGAGGAAGCUAUCAUAAAUCAGGGAGAUUGUGAAGAAAACACUGUUUUGCACCUUGCCUCAAUAAAGCGAACUAACCGUGAUAACCUGUCGGCUGCGGCUGUCCAGACGACAACAACGCACCAGGAAUCAGAGGGAGCCCCAGUACAUUUAGUCUGUCACCUUCUCCCCAAUAACCCGCAAGUCACAACCAACCAGUACCUAACCGAGCACCAGGUCAUAAAAUUAUUAUUGGAAAUAAGAAACUCCAAGGGUGUGAAGGUGGAUGUGAACGCCCAGAAUUCAAGAGGGUUGACAGCAGUGAAUAUAUUGAACGAAAUCAAGAAACCCACUCCAGCAGAUGUUGAGCUCAGAAAUGAGCUCAAAUCCGCCAGCGCAGUUGCGUCUAAGUCGCCUGUUGAGUCCCCGUUGGGAAGCGAAGUACAAAAAUUGGUGCUAGUAGUGGCUGUACUGUUUGUCACUCUCACUUUUCAAGCAGUCGUCAAACCUCCUCUUUACAUAGUUACUACCGAUUCGAGCGUUGGCAACUCAUGGACGUCGACCUCGGGAAACGUAACCAAGACCUCUGUCCCAUCAGACCAUAGAUCUUCAGCGUCGCUUUUCUUGCUUGUUAACACUGUGGCGCACACCGCGUCAUUUACAACCAUAGUGCUUGUCACUCUCACUAGUCGACUUUUUUUCCGACGGGAGCUUCUUGUGUCCUCGUUUUGCGUGUCGUUUGUUUAUUCUUUUUUAGUUUUCGAACUUGCCGACAAAGAAUCUGUCCCAUCUUCCCUUCUGUUUUCAGCCUUCUUUCUGCCACCCAGCUUGAGACUGUUGCCAGAUUUGGUAUCCGGAGUUUGGAAAUGGCUGAGACAACGCCGUGAGGAGCGGCGUUGGACGCAAAAUAAUGUUGCCGGAGUUGGUAUUCAAAGUUUGGAAAUGGCUGAGACAACGCCGUGAGGAGCGGCGUUGGACGCAAAAUAAUGCUGGGU